GCAUUAAAUAGUGCACUUUAUUGACUGAUAAGGUUGUUCAAAUCGUUUCCUUAAUCUACUUUGAUUCUUCAUUUAUCAUUAAACAAUUGUCAACCAAAGCGAAAGGAAAUGUUUAGGAUAACUCGAGUGGUUUAAAAUCGGUAACGUGGUUGUGAAAUUCAUAGAAUGCUCGAAACUUAUAGAAUAUAACUAGUAUGUUAAAAUGGUGAAAAUGGAAUACAAAAAAUAGGCUUUUAGCGACCCCAUAGCAGAAGGACAGAACGUGAGCGUUAUCGAUCAUUGUUCUUACGUGAACUUCAAGAAUGAGACGUCAUAAACAGUAUUGGCUACUUUGUAUGGCGUUUCUUUGCUUCGCAAUAGCAUUUUUUAUUUCAUUUUCAGAAAACCGCACGAGGACUAUCAUAUUCACAAGUUAUGUUAAACAGGACAAAUCAAGUCGCCCGGAUGAACAGUCUAAUAAACAGAUGAUAAGUCCAGCAAUGCAAUUUAAGACAGACGGUGUAACACAAGAAAUGGUUGCAGGAACAAAUUUGUCAACGGAAAGAGCUGAUACAGAACACUCGACUGGGGACCUUGAAAGUAGAUUCAUAUUCCGUAAAGAAUUGAUGCAGAAAGCUUGUGUUAAACAUAAAAGACAGUUACGGUAUCCAAGAUGCGAAACAAAUAAUGCAGGCCUUAACCUUAAGUAUGUGAAUAGUAGCAGUCUUCUUUAUUGUGCAAUCGAGAAAACCGGAAGUACCCUUUGGAAACGGAUAUUACACGUCAUCGGCGGGUGGGGUAACGAUUCAAAUCCAACAGCAAUAAAAUCUGAAGAUGCAGACACCGUUGAUGGUGGGUUUGAAACCCUGAAAAACACGACUGUGAAAGAAAGGCGUGAAUUGUUUGAAAAUUCUACAAGUAUUAUGUUUGUACGAGAUCCGUACACACGAUUGUUUUCAGCGUGGCUGGAUAAACUGUAUUCGCCUAACCAUUACUAUUGGACAAAACUCGGACCUCAAAUCGUCAAAAGACUGAGGGUCAGCAAUAACGAGUGGGAAUCCGACCCAGUCUCGUGUGCCUCAGACAUUUCAUUUAAUGAAUUCAUCAACUACACGCUAAGGGAAAUAAGCUCGUAUUCAUGUGUCGACGGACAUUUCUCUCCUAAUUAUAAUCAUUGUCUUCCUUGUUUAUUAUCGCAUAACUACGUCGGGAAAUAUGAGACAUUUAAAGAAGACACGCGGUUUUUGUUGGACAAAUUAAAUCUAUCACAGAAAGUGACGUUUGACAACUUUGAAAAAGACGGCGCGUGGGACGCCAUCAGAGAUUCUACUGAAUUUCUCUUCUCUCAGAAAGAGAAAAUUUUAGAGUGCAAUGUGACAUUCUUUUGUGCUUUAUUCAAAGUUUGGAACAGGCUUCAAAGCAGAGGUAUUCUUAGUAAAAAUAUUGAUUUUCCUUUUGAAAAUGAAGAUGACGUCAACAACGUCACAAAAGCUGACGUAAUAAGAAUUGUGUCGUACGCGAAUCGUCAAAGUGAUAGGAGUGAGACAAAAGGUAACCGCAUGGAGGCGCUUCAACAGGCGUAUCAGAAUCUAUCUUUGAAAUUGAGAGAGAGGCUUGUAAGAACAUUUAAGAUUGACUUUGAUAUGUUUGGUUAUGACAAGUAUCCCAAAUAUCUUAAUCAAACUCGACAGUCAACGUUUAGAUACUUUAAAGAAUGUUGAAAAUAAUCCAGUGCAUGUAGUUUUGUUGUAAUCCAUCGGACUACUACGUAUUUCCUGCAUGCAGAUCUGAUUGCUAUCGUAUUUGUUUCGCCUUCAUUAUGUUUUGCAUCUCCGAGAAAGCUAGUUUAGGAUAUUUGAAGUAAUUUGAAACUUAUAAACUUGAUAUAAUAGACUCAAUUUUUUUAAGGGCAAGAUUGUUUUGCCAGUUGACCUGCUAUAUGGACAACGCCAUGUUUGUCCUCGAAGUCCUGAACCUACUCAGUAUUGGUUUUCCAGCGGUUUAAAACCGCGUCGUUUUAAAAAUUGAGCAAGCUCCCCAAUGAUUGCCUGUUUGAAAGGUAACGAGAAGGUGGUCGUCAGAUCCUAAUGCGUAGCAUAAAUUAGGAGCUGAUUUUAAUCAGAUUGAUAUGUAAUGCGUGUACAUUUGGUUUCAUUUUACAUAUAUACUUUCAUUUGUUUCAUUUGUUGUUUUAUCUCAAUUUUAUAUCAUAAACUAUAAAGAAAAUGUUAUUGCUAUGUUUUUUCCAACGCUCCUAACGCAUACCCUUAGUGCCUUUAUGUGAUAAACAUUCAUUUCCGCUAGUAUAUCGUUGUUGAAUAUUUCAUUUCCUCUAGAGCUUAACGCUAGUAUCUAUAUGUUAUACAUUUCAUUUCCUCUUUAGUUAAACAUAUAUUUCAUUUCCUCUAACGCAUACGUCUGUUAUCUCUUUAUUGAAUAUUUCAUUUCCUUUAGAGUUUUUCGAUUGUAUCUCUUUGUUAAAAAUUUCAUUUCCUCUAGCGCAUAACGUUAAUAUCUCAUUACUGAAUAUAUCACUUCCUCCAGGGCAUAAAGUUAAUAUCUCAUUGUUGAAUAUUUCAUUUCCUCUUGAGCAUAAAAUUAAUAUCUCAUUGUUGAAUAUAUCAUUUCUUCUAACGCAUAAAAUUAAUAUCUCAAUUUUUAAAUACUUCGUU